AUGGUGCUGGAUACGUGGGACCCACUACAGACGACAUUCCCUCAAGAACUUCUCUAUAUAGUCUGUGUCAUGAUACCCACGGCCCCACUCGAAACUAUUGCAGACGUCAAGCUGCAAAAACUACUCUGUUUUGCCCUUCGCCACAACGACCCACUGCUGCGCAAGCAGGGGCUUCACAUUCUCAAGAUCGCCUUCUCUCACUGUGCUAUGGCGUCAAAGGAAGACAACCAACCAUGGAUAAACACGUGGCAGAGCUUUCUCACGGCUUCAGAAGUCAUUCAGAUGCAUCACGAACAGCAUCUGAUUGAGCAGGUUUGGCCGCAAGUAUCAGGUCUAUUAAAGAGCUACUUGAUCGUUGAUUCAGCCAACCAACAGAGGAGUGAGCAGUGGCCUGUACAGCUGACGUUCGACUGGAUGCAGAGUCUCUUGGUGCGUUUAUUCGCCCAUGACAACCCCGUCGUCAAGCGGUUAUUUAUCUCGAAGUUUAUGGAAACAUGUGUGGAGAAUUGGAGAUUGUGGGACCAAAACAGUACUCCCAACGACGUGGAUCAUCAAGCUUCUUUCUCCUGCGCGCCUGCUUUCCAGCAAUUCGUACUUAAUAACGUGUUACGUGCGUGCAACAACCCCAUGCUGUACAAGCAAGCACAUCGUGCCCGUUUCCAGGCGUUGGUUGCUGACUUCUUGGCAUCUUUUCUCGCUUCUCAAAGCCGGAAUGAACGUGUAUUGGAUGUUUUUGUUGCUGCUAUUGAAGAAGCGAUUUUUGGACAAGACGCAGACAGCCACUCGCCCGAAGCGCUGUUGAGUAUGCUGCAAGUAUUCCAGUCUCCUCAUUUAAAACGUACAGUCUUGUCGACGUCGAAAAUGACUCUAAGCGAUGCAGCAGUUGAGCGCCUUCGGUUCUUGCUGGACGUGCAUGCCAUGCAGUCGUUCUCACAAGCGAUGCGGACGAAAAUGCUUCGUGCGUUGUGCCACGCGCUCACUGGAGGCUUCGUGAGUGUCUCGUCACUGUCGCUGCUGACAUUAGCUCGUGUUCUUUGCGUCUUCCCCACGAGUACCUUAGUGGCAGAUGAUGGUGAGGCGCUAGUGCGUUUUCUAGCGUGGAUGAAUGUUUCCUCUGGUGAGAGCAAACACGCUCUGGCAACUGCACUCGGAACAUACUUGAAGCCACGAGUGGAAGGCAGAUUUGAGGAUUCUCUGAGCUCGACUCAACUGGCGAGAUUGCUGCUUUUAACAGCAGAAAACAGAAGUGCACCAGAAACUUACUAUCAAGAAGCGUCAUACCAUAUUUCGAAGACGCACAUUGUGUUGCGUGCUCCAAUCAGUAAGUUGCUGUGCGAGACUUCGACAGAAGAGUUGGAUAUCGCGCGGCUUGUGCUUUUGGUUGCCAAGUUAGAAGAGCAAGUUCAGGAUCUCGUGGAUUGUCCGUCACAAGGUCUUACGUUCUUGUUCGAACGCGAGUCUUUUUAUGACGGACAAGUCAACUGUUUGUAUCUGUUUAAAUCUGCUAUGACAGUCGUCCGGAGCUGGCUGGAAAAGCAGUCAGGGGAUGACGAAAUGGGAGAUAUCAUGGAGCUCGUUGCAUCUGAUGUCUAUGUGGCUACACAAAUGAGUACAAACACGAUGGUUUCGGCUGGAAAGAUGGACGAGAUGAACGCCCUGGAUGCUCUUUGUGAAGAGCUUAAGAUCGUCAUGGCUUCCGCUGAUCGAAAUGUGUUCGACUUGGCUUUAGCGGCGAAGUCUUUGUCCAUUAUUGCCACCAACGCUGCCGCUAUCGACUCUCUACGUGCGUUUGAAAGUGAGCGUAUUCUCCCGCUGCUCUUAGCGCUGGACACAAGUCGACGUUACAGUGGGAAGCUCGACGCGCGUUGUGCUGUCAGUUUGGCUGCCAGCAAGUGGAUUCUAUUGCAUCGCGUCGUGAAAUCCUCGUCUUUCAUCGACACGAAACUACUUCGAGCGACCUAUGACGCGUGUGUCGAGGCGUUGCCCACUGCCGGCAUGGACCCUUCGGCGUUGAUUCAGAUGGUCAACGUGCUGUCUCUCACGCUGGCACAACUGGCUGGGUCACUGGUCCAGGCCUCGAAGGAUAUUGAUAGUUUGUUAGAGGAAAUCUGGACGGCGUACAACGACAGCAAGGCCAAGCCUGACACCCUCACUCGAGCUGUCGUGACGUGUAUGUUCCAGCCAGUAUUCCUGCUGCGAGCUGAGCUGACUUCGACGAUGAAGCUCUGGCUGGCAGGGUUUAUCCGCUUUGGCUCGAGACACAGACCCAAUGUGGUCUUCCACUUGGCGUGUCGCUUAUGUCAAACGUGGCGUGCACACCCAGUGUCGGCUCUGUCCUUUGUAGACGAGCUGGUGGAGCUGCUGCUGUAUAAGGAACCUUUGAUCGACGAGAAGGAGCAGCUGGCAACGGAUGCGGGUGCUCCAUUCCAAGGAUUCCAAGGCUAUUCUCCUCUCGAUGGCAACCAGACAGCAGCGGUCACGACCCACGCCAAGGACAGAUUUGUGCGGCUUGUCAUGUUGAGCUUCGUGGACGACGUCGCUGUCGACAAGAGCUCGUCCAGUAACGAUACGCAGCAGCUCUUUGAUGCUCUGACAGCUCGACUUCUGAAGCUCAAUGUGACGCCUGAGUGGCAGAAGCAACACAUGCUCAACAGCGAUGGGUUCGGCAAGAAACUGCGCUCCUGGCAGGCUCUCUGCAUCGUCAGUGCACACGUGACCAAGUCGCAGCUGACAGAGUUGCUUCCUACUCUAGCUACUGCAUUUGCUGUGCCUCAACUGCCCAGUGUUCGCUACUACAUGGAGCUGUUCGGUAUGCGGAUGGCUGCCAAGUUCCCAACGGAGAUUUGCUCUGGCGUGUUGCUGCCCAUGCUUGGCGAUGCGAAUCUGAUGCCACAAGUGGGCGCUUCACUGUUACUUGUGUCGGCGUAUUUGGUGGACACCAAGCUGGACGACAACAGUCUUGACGUCGACUGUGGAGAACUGCUGGAGAUCAUGUUGCCGUGGUUGAAUACGUCUCAUGGCUACACUCGCGUACUGGCUCAGUAUCUUCUGGCCAAGGUGCUUCCUCGCCACAUCCACUACUUGAAACAAAGCUCUAAAGACACUCCAGGUCUCCGCUUUCUGGAGGGCACGGCGCGUUAUCUGAGCAACAACAAGGAGUGCAAGCGAAUGCUACGACGUCAAGCUCGACAACUGGACGAGUUCCACCCGGACUACGAGAGUUCGUUGCUGGGGAUGCUCUCUUCUGGCUUCAUUAGCGAGUUCGGAGAGCUCUUACCUCGUGACGACGCUCUGCGCUUCAGUGAACAGCUCAAGACUGCCAUGAACGAGCUCUACGCGCAGUACCAGCUCGAGAACUUUCCUCCAACUCCUUCAGAGCAGAAGAGCAGCAUGGAGACGGAUAGCGUAAGUGGAAUCCUCACUGUGCAGCGUAAAAUUGACACGACGGCGCUGCUGCUGGUGGACAGUGCGCUCCCUGCAGCGAUGCGUGCCGACUUUGACGCAGCACGACGUGGAGCGACGCUGAACGCCCGUCAACGACCUCGACAGCCUCUUAUCAUGUGUGCAAGCUUGGUGGACAAGGUCCCGAAUCUGGCUGGACUGGCACGGACUUGCGAGAUCUUCAACGCUCAGAAACUGGUCGUGCCGAACCUGCGGAUGACGCAGCAGGACGUCACGUUCGUGAAUGUCAGCGCCACGGCUCACAAGUGGAUGCCACUGGAAGAAGUGCGACCUCAAGGUGACGAUUUACGACGAGCACUUGUGCGAUGGAAGCGCGAGGGCUACACGAUUGUGGCAGUGGAGCAAACGGCGUCCAGUGUGAGUCUCGCGAGCUACACGCUGCCCCGUAAGAUGGUGCUGGUGUUGGGGCGAGAGAAGGAAGGGAUCCCGGUCGAAGUGCUGCAGCUUGUCGACGUGUGUGUGGAAAUCCCCCAGUUUGGACUGGUACGCUCACUGAAUGUGCACGUGAGCGGGGCUCUGGUGCUGUGGGAGUACACGCAGCAGCAAUUAAUGUCUGGAGCGCUCGAGUCGACUCUCUAG